AUGACAGAAGUUGCCGAACGCUAUGUGGAACAAAUUCAGACAACAGUCGAAACAAUGCGAAGGCGUGUGCUUGCGUACUAUGAUGGUGUAUUCUUCAUUGGAAAUAAGCUCAUCACAGCAGCUGAACGGGCACGUGAUGUUGCUGAACCGGUCGCAUACGAUGUCAAGGAUUAUGUGAGUGGUUCCUGUGGCAUCGCAGGCCAUUCACCACACAUUUUCAGCGAUUCGAGAACGUUCUCAUGCUCAAUGAAAACGCUUUUUCAGGUGCUUAUGCUUGGUAUUUCGUCCGGUGAACUUGCUGGAGCAUUCGUUUUUCCACCCGUUUUAGAAUAUAUCUUCGAUUUAUACGUGGAAGUCAUUGUGUUAUUCCUUAUUCCUACAUACGUCUACUUGAACAUUCGAAAAAAUGCCGGUUUGUCAAUGGAUGACACUGAGCGACGUACCUGUUUGUUUGGAUUCUGUCUGGCGAGCGGAAUCUUGCUCGGACAUCUCAUCGGUGGCACGUUGACCAGCAUCGUACCUUCAGUCUUCUUCAUUCCACCUUUGUUACUCGCUCUAUUGGUAAGUCAAUGUAAAUCACAAAAUAAAAGCUGUUUUGGCAUUUUGCGAUCCAUGCUAAUGACAUAUGCUUUUACUUUUGUGAAUUCCAAAUUCUAA